CGACGACGCCCCGCUCCGCCGACAUGCGCGCGCUGCCCCUGCUGAGCCUCCUGGCGCUGCUCGCGCUCUGCCUUUGCCGGACGGCGGACUCUGCUCGCCCCGAGAGCGCCCACAACGCGCCCAGCGCGGAAGCUUUUGUUUCCAAGCGCGCCAGCGCGGAACUAGUGAAGAGGCACAGGAGGAGCUAUGACAGGUUCUACGAUGUUGCUGCCCAGGUGGCCUCCAAAUCCCCUUUCGAGCCGCAGCGGGAGGUGUGUGAGCUCAACCCCGCCUGUGACGAGCUGGCCGACCUAGUUGGCUUCCAGGAAGCCUACCGAAGAUUCUACGGCCCCAUAUAGGCUCGCAGCCUUGAAGCCGCCCCGGGGGGCCAGCGCCGAGUCGAGUCGCUCUGCUCGGGCGAGGGGCCUUGCCCUUCUUUCUGAAGACGCCCGUGCCUGAGCGGCUUCUCUUUGCACCAGCAGUGCCUUCGCUUUCCCACUGUAAAACGCUUGCUUAACGUUCAUGUUCUACCAAUCAAGAACACCAUUAAAACAGGCCAUUUCAAAUCCAA